UUCACCUAGUUCAGAACCCAUCGUACAUGUGAAAAGGCUGCACUGUAUAGAAAUAAAUUUGUUAAUGGAUUUAUUCCGGCCCCAAAAAAGUGCCAGUACCACUUCAGCUAGCUAGGGGACGGAACUCGACGAGGAUUUAAAACCGGAAUAUCCAAUCGCCGAAAAAGACGACCCCUGAUAACGAGGCAAAAUGCAAAAUAAAUUCUGGGGCACAACAACAACUGCUGACAUGUGCAACGUAGCAUGGAAAAUGGGUAUUUUCUCGAACCGCUUGCGGGCAAGUGGUCAAAGGACGUGGACUUCCCUGCUCCUAGUGCUCAUACUUAUCGGUAGCUCGACAGCCGCAGAACCUCUGAAAGUUAUAUAUGCCGUUAACGCUGGCGGAGAUGAGCACACUGAUCUAAAUGGCGUCCAGUACGAUGCGGAUCCUCUCAAGGGCGUUGGAAUCGCUUCUGACUACGGCAAGCACCUACUAAUGAUUGGCCGUGUGCAGGAACAUGAUGAGGUGCUCUACAGGACCGAACGUUAUCACACCACCACUUUUGGCUAUGAUUUACCAAGCGAUGGCGAUGGAGAUUACGCCCUGAUAAUGAAGUUCUGUGAAGUUUAUUUCGAUGCGCCGCAGAAGAAGGUCUUCGAUGUGCUUCUCAACCGGAAGCACACGGUUGUCCGUCAGCUAGAUAUCUAUAAUCAGGUGGGCAGGGGCUCUGCCCACGACGAGAUUGUGUACUUUAAGAUCAACAAUGGUCGAUUAAACUACGAAGGCGAAGUGUCCGAUGUGCGGAAUGGCCGGCUUCGACUGGACUUCAUUAAGGGUGCACUGGACAAUCCCAAGAUAAACGCCUUUGCCUUGCUCAAAGGAGAUGUGUCCCAGUUGCCACGACUGCAUGGAACAGAGGCUAGUGAAAGGAUUAAGCUAGAGGGCAAACAGAAUGCGGAACAGAAGACAGGAAACCAGGUGGAGAGAGUUGUGCGCAACCAGCGGGAGGAUAUCGACGAGGAUGAUGAGGAUCUGGACGACGAGGAGUUCGAGGAGGAGCUGCCCGUGCAGCAGAACGACCAGCUGGGCAUUGAUCAGUCUUCCCAGCAUCAAUCAGCAGACUCUAAGCGAUCCUACAGUGGCCCCCGUCAACCGAAUCCGUACUCUAUGGACGACUCUUCAAUUCUGCUGCCAGUUUUCAUCGCCAUUGGGGCCUUUAUACCGCUGUUGUUUUGCCUCUGCAAGCUGUGAUCCCAAUCCGUUGCCCACUCAACGAUCUCGGCCUGCGUUGAUUUCCUGCUUUGUGAUUUUGUGAUUUUGAUAAAAGACUUAAUUGUAUACUUAUCGUUUAGUUCGUACGUUAGGCAUACCCUAGAGAUCGGUACCCUCGAUCCCAAGACGCACAGCUCUCUAUCGCCCUGUACUUUCCAUAUUUGAUAAGCAAUUUUUGUGUUCCUUUCGUUGACCACUGCCGUCACAGACUCGGGUACUUAAUCGUUGAGUCAAUUGGCUUUUUAACUCCAGAUCGUUUAAUCGCUUGACUCGGGGGGAUGUGCGCACAAAUUUUAAGCGGUUUUUUGGAACAGUUUGAUUGAAAACUGUUACUUUUGAAUGAAAUUAAAUAAAAUGAACCUUGUUUGUUAUUGAA